AUGAAGAAGGCGUCGUCGGAGAUAAGUCAUAAACGACCCACAAGAGAAUCAUCAAGAGUCGGGUUGAGAAGAUGUGCUCCAUGGGUUGAACACUUAGACUCAGGUCGAUGUAAAGGAUUCAUUGGUCUAUGGAUUAAUGGCGAAUUGUUGGCUCCUAUCGACCAACAUUUCGCCACUGGCCAAACUUGGUUGAGUAUCUAUGAAGUCGACAACUUUUUUGUCGACGGUUAUGGCAGCUUGAACGGUCGCGGUUCUUCAGCUUGGUCUAUCAAAACCUUUAACCGUCCGAUUUCUAUGAAACUCAAUAAAAUCAACCAUGCGAGAAUUACGGGUAUAACAUCGUACAAUAGCAAAUGCUUCCAUUUUGGUGUGCAUGGAUGUAGUGAUGUCAUGUUUGAUCACAUUAGAGUAAUGGCUCCAGAAGAUAGCCCCAACACAGAUGGAAUCCACAUUUCCAAGUCAAGUGGUAUCAACAUUGUGCAUUCAAGAUUCGAAACGGGAGACGAUUGCAUCUCUCUUGGUCCUGGAAGUAAAUUCAUCAACAUAACAGACAUCCAGUGUGGUCCAGGUCAUGGAGUUAGCAUCGGUAGCCUUGGAAAGUACCCAAAUGAAGAAGAUGUUUCUGAAGUCAUAGUUAGAGACUCCACAUUUGUUGGCACAAACAAUGGUGUGAGGAUCAAAACAUGGUCAUCUUCACUUCCUAGUUUUGUUACCAAUAUCGCUUUUCUCAAUCUCGAAAUGAAGGACGUAAAAAGUCCUAUCGUCAUUGAUAAAAAAUAUUGUCUUGAUUGUAACAGAGAUAAAAUGAGUAACUCAAGAGUGAAGAUUCGAGACGUGAGAUAUGAAAAUAUUAGGGGGACUUCAGCGACCCAAGUAGCAGUAAAUUGGAAUGCAGCCAAGUUUUACCAUGCGAAGGCAUAA